AUGCUUCAAAUCAGAUGCUCAGGCACUCCUCACGAGAUAGGUGUAACGCAUGGAGUCCUGGCAAAGGAAAAGAUAGAUGGCUCCAUCCACUUCUACGGGGACCUAUUCCAGAAGUCAUGUUCUAUGAUCUGGCCCGACGUGGUGCAGGAAGCCUCGAAAUGUGUCGAGCCUCUGGAGAAGUUGUCGCCACGAUAUCUAGACGAAAUACGCGGAAUCGCUGAAGGGGCAAAUCUGCCUUUCUUGGAUAUUCUUGCGCUCAACGUUCGGACUGAGAUCGUGUUCGGCCUCUUCUCGGAUGCGUCGAAGAACGUCGACAUACCUAGUGACGGAUGCACCAGUCUGGGCUGGCUGACAGCGGACAAGUCGUUCCUCUGCCAGAGUUGGGACUGGAUGGUCGAGCAGGGCCUGAACCUCAUCAUCUGCCAUAUAUCGCAACCGGGUAGUGACAUCCCUGACUUUUCGAUGGUCACCGAGGCUGGGAUCAUAGGCAAGAUUGGCUUCAACUCGAAAGGGAUAGGGUGUUGCCUGAAUGCGAUCAAGUGUCGGGGCGUGGACCCAUCCAAGCUACCCAUACACUUCGCUCUACGAAAGGUGCUGGAGUCGCCUUCGCGAGAGGCUGCCGUGGAGGCCAUCAAGUCUGCGGGCGUCGCUGGCAGUGGACACAUCUUGAUUGGUGAUGCCACUGGGUCAACAGGUCUUGAAUGCACAAGCAAGUGGGUAAAGGAGGUCGUGAUGGACGAGACGCAACGCGUAUGCCACACGAACCACCUGAUCCUGGACAAGUCCGAUGUCGAUGAACCCCCUUGGCUGGAUGAUUCACCUGGGCGACUUGCGCGCAUUCGAGAGUUGACGGCGAAACUGCCCGAUCCGACCUCGAACGCCAUAUUCGACAUCUUCAAGGACACAGACGGUUAUCCAGGGUCGAUCAACCGGAAGCAGGAGGGCAAAUCGAACGCUGAGACUCUUUUCAAUAUCGUGAUGGAUUUGACGAGCAAGUCCGCCCAGGUCACCUUUGGGAGACCUACGGACUUUAGGGAGCAGGUUAUUUUAGCAUUUUGA